GUGAAGGAUCGAUGAAUCUGAAAAGGGGAAGGGGCCAGAGGCAGGCUGGGGAGGGGGGCCGCUUGGGGGCGAAGUGACCAAGCAGGAGAAGGAGGGGGGGGCAGAAAGCGCGGAGAGGAGACAGUCUCUGUAUCCAGUCCAACCUCUCUGCCUGCCAGCUCAGCCCCCAAGUUUUGCUCCCGCUUCCCCGGGAAAACAAAACUGCCCGGGAGUCCGGGACCACCAGCGGAGGUGCAGAGAGUCCAGCAGGGAGGCGGAAAGUGGGGAGGGGGGAAUCUCUCUUUGCAAGCCCUUCUUGGGGUUACCAAAAUCUGCAACCCCGGCCACGCGCUCCGUCCUGGAAGAGGCUGGGAGAGGAGGAGCGGCAGCAGCAGCAGCAGCAGACUUGGAUAGGACACAAUACCCCACUCCCUCUGGAGAAAGAGAGAGAGAAAUCCAACAGGUUAGGGAGGCAGGAGAGCUACACCAGGAGAACUUCCACCUGCUUCCAGGGCCUCAGAUCACCUGCACAUUUAAAAAGACAGGCAUCCAUCUGUCCAUCCAAGACUUUACCUGCCUCUGCUGUUUUUCUGAACUCAGCUCUCCACUCCAAACCGAUGGCGGCCAGGGAGCUGGAAAGGUCUUGAAACUGGGGGGUCUCCCCCCACCCCAGGGGAAGAGGGGCUUUGCGGCAGAGAGAGCAGCCUGCGCAGAUGGUGAGGUUGCGAAAGGGGCCUGGUCUUCCCUAAACUGACGGCACAAAUCAGAAGGCGAUGGGGGCAGCAAGCCAUGGCCAGAUUGGCAGGUUUCCCUUGGCUUCCAUCUCUUUGACUCUCUCCGCAAUGAUGUUGACGGCCAGCCUCUGCCAAGCCACCGAGAAGGUGAGUCAGUCUGCAACAAUGGGCUUACUCAUGAGCAAAGAUCUUUUGCAAAGAUUUACUACCUUUGCUUGGAGAAAUCGAUUCCCCAAGUGAAGGCAGUUAAUAAUAAUAGGGAACCGGAGAUUGACAGCAGGAGAACUCAGAAAAGUGAGGACUAGCAGCUUGGAGUUUGGUCCCCAGUAGGAGACCUCGCCAGGCCGCUGAGGAUGACGGCCCCGGGAGCAGGGUGCCUGGCCUGUGGAGCGCCUGGGCACCGUGGUCAGCCUGCUCGCAGCCCUGCGGCCUGGGGGUCAUGGAAAGGGCUCGUGUGUGCCAGUCCCCGUACCAGCGCAUCCCCUGGGCCGGCCGGCCGGAGCUGGCCCCACAGCCGGUGUACCCUCCGCAGGCCCAUGAGAACCAGGCUGCUAGCCUUUACUCGGGCCGGCCAUCCUACCCCCUCCACACCGAGGGCAGCGCCAGGCCGGGUCUGCCCAUCCACAGCCAGGCCCAGCCGCCCCGCGCCUUGCGCCUCGGACCCCAGAACCGCCACACCCGCCACGAGGCCUUCCCGGCCGAGGAGCUGCCGUCGCGGGACGCCGUUGCCCCCCAGCAUGGCCGUCGGAGGGACUCUGCUCCCGCCCAGGAGGCUGGGGUCCGCCUGCCGAGGCCUCGGGGGAACCAGGAACCUCGCCGGACCCUCAACCCGGCCUUCAGGCACAGCGCGGCCGCCCGGACCCCCGUCCGAGACGCCAUCCCCUUGUUCAAACCCCUGAGGAGGGACAGCCCUGAGGCAGGGUUGAGCCCCGACAGGCCGCGCCACGGUGGGCAAGGGGACGGUGACCGCCGCAGCUGGGCCGCCUCUCCUACGCCGGAGUCCCCGGCGUCCCGGAGGUCCCGGGUUCGAGAGGCGAUCAAGCCAGGCAAGUACGGCUACGGGAAGCUGCCGUUCGCCUUGCCCCUCCACAAAGACGUGGCCGAGGGGGCCACACCCCGCUUCAAGAGGCACCACGGAGGCAGAGCCGGGGAGCCCCCGUCCCCUCCGCCUCCCCCUCCUCCUCCCCCUCGUUCAAAAAAACAGAAGCGCAAAACUGUCCGUUCUUCAUCCCGCGAGGAGGAGGAGCAGGAGGAAACCGGCCGGGAGAAGGGGCCCCUGAGCUCCGGGGCCGAACCCAGGACCUCCCUGAAGCCAAAACAGCCUUUGCUGGCAGAUGCUGCUGCCCAGCCCCACGCACAGGCUGGUGAGGGGGUGAAGAACCAUUUGGGGCACGGCCAGUCAGAGGGUCAUGGGCAUGUGGCAAACAGAGGGGGCAUGGCGGACACAGCACAGCCCACAGAACCAGGUACGGACACGCCGCAGAAGAGCAAAUCUUCGGGGGAAGCAGAGCAUCGUGGGAAGGCAGCAGCAACCUCUCCAGGGUUGCAUGGCGAGGCUCACCAGCCAGGGGGCGCCACAGCACCUUCGGGGAACCAGCAGCGGAAGCAUCUCCCAGAAUCCUCUGCAAGACCCCACGAGAAGCAUCUCCCAGAAUCCUCUGCAAGGUCCCAGGAGGAGCGUCUCCCAGAAUCCUCUGCAAGGCCCCAUGAGAAGCAUCUCCCAGAAUCCUCUGCAAGGCCCCAUGAGAAGCGUCCCCCAGAAUCCUCUGCAAGGCCCCAUGAGAAGCGUCUCCCAGAAUCCUCUGCAAGGCCCCAUGAGAAGCAUCUCCCAGAAUCCUCUGCAAGGUCCCAGGAGGACCAUCUCCCAGAAUCCUCUGCAAGGCCCCAUGAGAAGCAUCUCCCAGACUCCUCUGCAAGGCCCCAUGAGAAGCAUCUCCCAGAAUCCUCUGCAAGGUCCCAGGAGGACCAUCUCCUAGAAUCCUCUGCAAGGCCCCAGGAGACACCUAAAGUGGCAGAAAGUUCCACGGGCGGCUCGAUCCCCACAGCGGACGGCGGAGAGGGAGGCGGCAACCCCACAGCGGCCGUGAUGCAUUCCUCCUCUCAGGGGCCCUCCGUGGCUGGCAGCCCCGCCCCCCAGGCGCAGGGCGAGCUGCGGCUGACUCACCAUGUCAUCAGAAACAACAGCUCUGCUGCCAAGAGGAAGGGGCCUGGGGCAGGGAAGAGCCACCGGGCCACGCCAGAGUUGCUACGCCGCCCGGAGAGCAGCUCCGUGGCCCAGCCCGACGGGGCGGGACACGCCAACCGCCCGCCCCACGGGCAUUCCCGCUCCCGCAACCAGAGGCAGAAUGAGCACCAGACGGGCGGCCAGGGAAGGCGGCCGUCACACAGCCUCUUUGUGGACCAGCCCGUGGCUCCUCGUCCUGCGGAGCCAGACAUUUGGCUACUGCACCGGGGCAACCCUGUUCAGUUCCACGCCAGGGGGCAAGGGCUGCCGGGAGGGGUGCGGCCGGGUGGCGAAGGGCCGCAGUGGAACCUCUACUAUCCCGGCACCGAGACCUUCCACUGCGAAGGAGAGAGCAAGCAGUUCAAGGCCUGCAGGCAAGAGCCGUGCCCGCCCGAUCGACCUGAUCCUCGGGCCGUCCAGUGUGCAGCAUACAACAACCAGGAGUUCAUGGGACGCCUGUACCAGUGGGAGCCCUUCACGGACGUGCGGGGGUCCCAGCGCUGCGAGCUGAACUGCCGCCCCAUCGGCUACCGCUUCUAUGUGCGACACACGGAGAAAGUGCAAGACGGCACCCCGUGCGAAUCCUCCUCCCAGGACAUCUGUGUGGCCGGGCAGUGCCUUACCCCCGGUUGCGACGGAGUCCUGGGUUCGAAUCGCACGCUGGACAGCUGCGGGGUUUGCGGUGGGGACCACACCACCUGCAAGCUGGUUGUGGGGAAUUUCAGCGACACGGAUGUCCCCAUCGGGUACCACCGCAUCCUGGAGAUCCCGGCGGGGGCCACGCGGAUCCAGGUUAAGGAGAUGACCCGGAGCCCUAACUACCUGGCCCUUCGCAGCCACAGUGGCAAAUCCAUCAUCAAUGGAAACUGGGCCGUGAACCCGCCGGGGCGCUACGAGGCAGCUGGCACUGUCUUUGUGUACACCCGUCCAGGAAGCGACCGGAGGGAGGGCGAGUCCCUGACAGCAGAGGGGCCCACGACAGAACCUAUAGAUGUGUAUAUGAUCUUCCAGCAAGACAAUCCUGGUGUCUCUUACCAGUUCUUCCUGGCCUCUGUGCAGCCGGAGAGCCCCACUCCUGACCUACGUGGCCCCCGGCAGGACUUUGGUGCCUUGACUGUGGUUUCCUCCGGCAACCAGAUGGAGCCCCCGCCCAGCCACCAGCGCCCUGUGCCGGCAGAUGCUAGGAACCUCAGCCCGGCCCGCCUCCCGGCUUUGUCCGGCCAAUCGGGGAGGAGCCGUGCCGCGGCUCCACCCCCUCCCGUCUCAUCCAGCCAAUCGGGGAGGAGCCCGGGGACCCUGCAACGGAACGUCCGUGUCCCACCUCUCCCACCCCCUCCCCCUCCUGCCCAGCAUGGCUCUGACCCCCUACAGGACUUUUACUGGAGGCGGAUCGGCAACACCGACUGCUCUGCCACCUGCGGGAAAGGUUUCUGGCAGUCUGUCUACCAAUGCAUCUCUCGCGUUACACAAGAGGAGGUGGGGGAGGAAAAGUGCCAGCUGAUCCCCAAGCCCAUCGUGUCGGAGGAAGCCUGCAACACGGAGCCCUGCCCAGCCUACUGGGAGGCGGGCGAGUGGUCAGCCUGCAGCAAAUCCUGCGGCCUGGGGACCCAGCACCGCCAAGUCCUGUGCCGGCAGAUCUACGCCAACCGCAGCACCAUGGUCCACCCCCAGAGGUGCGCGCAGCUGGAGAAGCCGAACGCCACUCAGGCCUGCCAAGUCCAGGUUUGCAGCCGCUGGGAAGUGCGCACCAAUUGGAGCUCGUGCUCGGUCCUCUGUGGCACCGGACAUCGGACACGCCACGUCCGCUGCGUCAGUAACCAGGGCGACUUGCUCCGCGACAGCGACUGCCCGGGGAACCAUCGGCCGAAGACCAGCGAAACUUGCGACAUGGGGCCUUGCGUGCGCACCUGGUUCUACAGCGACUGGAGCAACACGUGCUCUGCAGAGUGUGGGACGGGGAUCCAGCGACGCUCGGUGGUCUGCCUUUCGAGCGCUGCCAACGGGCAGGUAGAGGAGAACUGCGCCGGCACCAAACCAGCCGACAUGAGGGCAUGCAAUGGCGGUCCGUGCCAGAGGGUCACCCGGUGGUACACUGGGCCAUGGAGUCCGUGCUCGUCAGACUGCAGCACGGGAACCCAGCGCCGCGACCUCAUCUGCAUCAGCAAGCUGGGUGCCGAGUUCAACGUGACGGAGGCCUCGGACUGCGCCCACCUGGAGAAGCCGCCCUCUCUGCAGCCCUGCAUGGGCACGUCUUGCGAGGCCCGCUGGUUCUCGACCGCCUGGAGCUCCUGUUCCAGGUCCUGCGUUGGGGGCGUCCAAGUGAGAGAGGUCCAGUGUCUGACCCAAAACAAAACCCUGAGCAACCUCUGUCCGCCAGAUCUCAAGCCCAUCAAGAAACGGCCCUGCAAUGUCCAGCCGUGCCUCCUCGACCUCGAUGAGAACUGCAGGGACAAAUACCACAACUGCCCGGUGAUCGUGCAGGCCCGCCUCUGCGUCUACUCCUACUACAAAGCCGUCUGUUGUGCCUCAUGUACCCACGCCUUGGAGAGGCGCCACGCCGGACCGAGCCGAUAGCGCCGGGAAGCGGGCGGGAUCCUGGACUCCUCGCACCUUUACUUGAACCGGGGGACGAGCGAAUAUAUUUCGCGGACUACGGGAGCCCCCGUCAUCCGCAAAAAACCCCCACAACCCAUCUGCUGGAGAGGGAUUGCGGCAAAGGCAUUGAACGACCAAAUGGGAUUCGAACUCGAGGACCGAGAAAUUCCCAUCAGCAUCCUCUCCUCUGCUCUCUCCAGGAGGAGUAUUUUAUACUGUACCCCAGUAUUUCCAGAGAAGGCUCUGGCUGCCUCAAGAAACCUAUCCCCCCCAAAAAUAGCUACAGACUCAUCGUACUUCCUGGAUUUCCUUUUAAGCUGUCCCCUUUCACGGAGGCCAGGAAGAGGGGAGACAAAUUGCAAUGGCACGCACGAUGUUCUGGCAGAGAAUGGGACGCACAGAUGACUUUGGUGGCCUUGGCUUUUAAGGGACUCCAAGGGGUACUUUUGCACCCUGCUCGGCCUCCUCCCUCCCUCCCUCCCUCCCUGAAGACACACCACGAAAAUUUUGGUUCCCUCCAAGCAGCCACCCCCAAUCCCAUUCACACACCCACACACCCUGAGACGCUCAUUUUACAGCCAGCUAAAAGGAGGCCAAAACUGUCUGCACAGCUCCAACUUCAGCUUGUUUUUGGACACAGCGCUAUGGGCCGUGCAUGGACAAGCUGCCAUUGCCAUUGCUGGGUUCAAUUCCUUGCAGAAGCCCUUUGGAAAUGCGCGAGACAUUAUGUGGGGUUCUGUGGUGGGUUCAGUCCCCAAGGCCUGCGAACCUGCCUCAAGUGACAAAGCCCAGAUGGGGAGGGAGCUCUCGACCCGAUGUACACCACCCCAGCCAGUAAACCCCAGCAACUGCGGCAAAAAAAGGCUGGUGGGUGGACUGGAACUCGGAGCCCUUGCAGUUCCACGUGCUCCCUUCCAGAGGGCAGCACUGAGUCUGACACCUCCCAGCCAUAUUGGCUUUGCUCUAGUAUUUCCUUAGGGAAGCGAAAAAUAUGCGUUUCUUUUUCCUUCUGAAAAUGUACAGUAUUGGUGCUAUUUUGGAUUGUGGGGAAGGCUGGUUAGCAGCCGAUCAAGACGGUUUCUACGAUCUUGCCUCUUGUUUCCCGAUUUACAGUAGGAAGGAGGGGACCUGCGGACUCCCAGAGGUCACUGGACUACAGCUGCCCGCAACCAGCAUGCCCAGUGGUGAUGGAAGUGGUCAAGCAACCAGCCCAAAACUCCCUCGGUCCAGAAUUGAAGUUCCCUGGAUUCCCUCAGUUUUGAGGAAAGACGCCAUAGGGCAAACGCUUCUGUGGAAAGACUGAUCAGGCUGCGCUUCUCCAAGCCAGCUUCCCAACUCGCAAGUUGCAGCUGGGUUUUCCGCGCAGUUCUUGAGGUUGCCAACUUUUUCCGCCUGCCCUUGCUCCUCUGUCAUCGACAUCAAUUCUGCUCCUCUCCAUCCCUAGAGAGAAGCACAGUGGGUUUUUGUUUAGGUGUCCCUAAAAGGCAUGUGAGCAGGCCAGGCUUUGGCUUUUGCUGAAGGUGGCAACCUUAGCACUCAGAGGUUUCCUUCCUCCUUCCUAGCCCGGGCGGUGUUGCCAACUGACCAGAAAACCCAGCCCGGCCUGCUGUCAUGUUUCCAAGAGGAGCUUUGCCUGCAAAAAUUUGGAAGUCCUCUUACAGCAUAGAGAUUUUAUUUUUUUUAAAAAAGCGGCUUGAUGAUGUCUGCAGAUGACACGGCUGCUAAAAGCACAGGUGCAGGUCUCAGUGAAACAGUUGGAAAACCUCAUCUCUAGAAACAGGAAUACAUUGCCUCCCCUUAUUUGCAGCUCAAAUCAACACACUUUUGUGUUUCUCUCUGCCCAGCCCCAUCCCUCCGAGGGCAGCUUCUGUGAAGGGUUGCCAACUUAUUUUUGAGAUGAGCUCCUGCACAGGACUAGUUGUUGGACUAGAUGACCCUUGGGCUCCCUUCCAACGCUGCAAUUCUAUUAUUCUAGAUCAGGCAUCCCCAAACUGCGGCCCUCCAGAUGUUUUGGCCUACAACUCCCAUGAUCCCUAGCUAACAGGAUCAGUGGUUGGGGAAGACGGGAAUUGUAGUCCAAAACAUCUGGAGGACCGAAGUUUGGGGAUGCCUGUUCUAGAUUGAUAGAAUAUCCUAAAUCCCACAGUUGACACCUGGUGCUGGAUUUGCUGCCCACACCAGCUCCUCCUCUUAGGCCCAGGCGUUGUCACCUUGAGUCUUUUGCCAGGGCUCUGGUGCCUUUUUUAAAUGACAGAAAUUCAACAGGUGAGGAGGCUUCUACCCAUGUCGUUCCUCCUGCAGCAACAGCUGUGUCAUGAUGGGGGAAGUACUGUAUUUUUCCGUGUAUAACACGCCACCCCCUGUGUAUAAGACGCCCCCUAUUUCUGGGGCCUCAAAAUUAAGAAAGGGGGGGGAGAUUGCCCCCAUGUAUAAGACUACCCCCCCUUUUAGCAUUAUUUUUUAGUAAAAAAAACCCUAGGCUUAUACAAGGAAAAGUAUGGUCCAUCUCUCGGAUUCCAGCUUCCCAUGCAACCAUUUUAAACAUACAUACAUACAUACAUACAUACAUGUGCAUAGUGUUGGAUUUACGUAUAAGCUAAACAAGCUAUAGCUUAGGGCCCCACUCUCUUGGGCCCCCCCAAAAAAUGUAAAGGAAAAAAACACUGGAUGUACAUUUCCAAAAUAUUAAUAUACUUCUUCUUAAUUGUAUUUCAACAAUUACUUUGAUAAAAUACAUAUUUUGUUAUGUGCAGGUGGCUUUAGAUACCUAUUAGGUUCAUAAAUUACCAUAUAUUCAACACAAAAAACAGUGACAAUUUGUUGUUGACAAAGGACAGCUGGACAUAUAAAGGGCCCCAUUACCUUCAGGAGCUUAGGGCCUCAUCAAACCUAAAUCUGGCCCUGCAUUCGCACAUACAUUUUAUUUUUAUUUUUUGCUGCAUUUCAAACUUCCAACUCUACAACUCUGUGAUUCUAUUAAACUUAUGCUCAAGGCAGCUUACAACAUAGGAAAAAAUGCUUAACUGCAACAUAACAAAAGUACAGUCGUACAUUUGUUUUCGAACAGCCUAGUUCUCGGACGUUUUGCAAACGUUCUUUUGGAAGCCGAACAUCUUCCUGCAGCCAAUCAGAAGUCGUGCUUUGGCUGUCAAACGUUUUGGAAGUUGAACUGAUUUCCGGAACAGGUUCUGUUCGACUUCCGAGGUACGACUGUAGUCCUAUAUGGUAAAUAAAACAUUACAAACAUACACAGUCAAACGGAACAGUCUCCACAUAAAUUACAACAAGACCUAAAACAAAGAUACAAAAAACCGACAAAUGACACAGGAGCCUUUCUGGAAGAAAAAGUUGGCAACGUCUUGUCUUUCUGGUAGGCCGGAUGGUGGAUGAGCCAAAAUCUGUCACUGUGGACCAACCACAGGGGAGGAUACUGGCCAGUACCAAUGUGGAAAGGGCUCUUGUGCAUCAGGAAGAGAGAGAAAAUAAACCACACUAAGUAGUUUCCCUGAAGAAGCACUGAGGAGGAAGGAAACAGCACCUGUUGAAUUUCUUCCUGCUACACUUUAAAAAGGUACAGGAGGCCUCUUGGAACCAGGGCUUGGCUUCCCACUGAAUUGCAAAAAGCUGCAUCAGAUUAUCGGAAACAGACAAAAAAAGGAAAAGCAUUUAUACGAAAGACAUUUUAUAGUGCUCAGAUUAUAUAAAUAUAUAUAAAAAAUAUAUAUUAUAUAUAAAUCUCUAUGAUAAAGCUGAAUGUAUCUAGGUUUGGUUUGGUUCCCCGUCCCCCAAACACACACACCCUUUUUUUUUCUUGGUCCAAAUCUAAUUUAUUUUUUAUUAAAGAUUUAUUUGAGGUUUUA